ACGUAGACGGAGGUUGGCGCUGGGCGACGCAGGGCAACGCAGGGUGUCGGCAGAGUGUUCCCGGUUCACCUUAGUAGGUUUUACUCCAGUUUACUCACGCCGCUUUACCGGAGAGAUCCCGUUCGCUUUUUAUCGCGGAGUGACACGUACAAAGCUUUAGCGUCUCGCAAAAGAUGGCAGACUCUGACGACGAGUAUGACAGAAAGAGACGCGAUAAGUUCAGAGGCGAGAGGACAGAGUCGUAUUCACGAGAGCGGAGGGACGAUCGCAGGCGUGACGACUGGGUCGAUAGGGAGUGGUCCAGCCGGCCCAGGCAACGUCCAGAUUAUCGGGAGUACCGAGGCGGCGGCGGCGGCGGCGGACGCGACCGUUACAGUCCUGCGAGAUCCCAAGACAUGGCGCCACCUCUAAAGCGAAUGCGAUUCGAGUGGGACGACAGGCCGAGAUAUGGACAUGAUUAUUACGGUGGAAGCGGCAGCGGUGGCGGCGGCGGCGGCGCCGGUGGCGGCGGCGGCGGUGGCGGCGGUGGCGGCGGCGGAGGUGGAAAUUCUUGGAGCCCGGACAACUACACCUCGCCUCACCAUAGCAACCAUCACUAUGGGAAUCAUAACAAUAGCAGCAGUCGAGAAGUUGCUGGAAAUUUCAGUAAUUCGAACGUUGAAACCCAGCCACCCAUGAUGACGUUCAAGGCGUUCCUUGGCACCCAAGAAGACAGUAUCACCGACGAAGAGGCGAUUAAACGCUACAACGAGUACAAAUUGGAAUUCAGGAGGCAGCAGCUGAAUGAGUUCUUUGUCGCCCAUAAAGACGAAGAAUGGUUUAAAAUAAAGUAUCAUCCUGAGGAAUCAGUGAAAAGGAAAGAAGAGCAAAUAUCAGCGCUUAAGAAACGUGUGGAAAUAUUUCUGGAGUUGCUGAAAUCGGAAGAUAUAGACAAGGUGUCCGUCGAUGCCGAUCAGGCGGAUCCGUUACUGCACCUUUUGGAUGCGGUGGUUAUUAAACUGGAAGGAGGAACGGAGGAAGAUUUACAGAUUUUAAAUAUCAAACCACUAAAGCCCUUAAUGACCAAAGACGUUUUGAAGGAAAAAGAAGAUCUCAAGAGAAAAUCUUCUACAGAGAAGAAGUCUGAGAACAGCGAGGAAAAUAAGGUGGACGACUCACGAUGUGACGAGAAAGAUUCGAAAAAUGAUCAGAAUGCUAAUGUGGAGGUCGAGAGCCCGACAAAAGAUGAAAACGCAACUCAAUCUGAACCUACCAAGGCCAAGGAAAACGAAGUCGUGGAAAAUAAAGAUGUAGAAAAAACUGCCGAGGAUGACAAGCCUGAAAAAUCGGAGAAAUCAAGAAAACGUAAACGUACCGACAGCAACAGUAGCAGCAGUAGCAGCAGUAGCAGUAGUUCCUCUGGUAGCGACAGCAAUAAAGCGGAUGUACCGAAAGAGGAGACUCCUGCUAACGAAAAGACAGAGGCUAGUAACGAAGAUACCGAUGAAAAGGACGUUAAAGUGGAGAAGCAGGAAACGAAAACGGAAGUAGAAGCAAAAAGUAGCAAAAAACCUACGCUUGUACUAGACGCAGUGAUCGAUUUGGCUAGCGAAGAUAGAGAUAAGGAGCCUAGAGCCUUGCACAAAACUAGCAGCAUCUUUCUUCGUAACUUGGCGCCGACGAUUACUAAAGCAGAAGUUGAAGCUAUGUGCAAGCGAUUCCCAGGCUUCUUGCGUGUGGCUAUAGCAGAUCCGCAGCCGGAGAGACGAUGGUUCCGUCGCGGCUGGGUUUCCUUCGAGAGGCAAGUGAACAUUAAAGAAAUCUGUUGGAGUUUGAACAACAUUCGACUACGUGACUGCGAGCUUGGAGCAAUAGUAAACAGAGAUUUAUCACGACGUAUUCGAUCAGUGAAUGGUCUAACAUCUCACAAGCAAAUAGUCAGACACGAUAUUAAACUUAGCGCCAAAAUUGUUCACAAUUUGGAUAAUAAAGUAGGGCUAUGGAGGGAGGAGAAGAAGGAUGAAAACGCAGCAAAGCAGGACGAGAACAAAGAAAACAAAACCAGUAAAAAUAACGAGAUUGAGCAAGCUGCUUUCGGAUUGUCAUCUAAAAAUCCAGUAUUAAAGAACAUAACAGACUACUUGAUAGAAGAAGCUUCAGCCGAAGAAGAAGAAUUACUAGGUAUGUCAGGUGAACAAGAAGAAGGUCAAUUAGGCGACGGAGAUAGUUCAAUUGAGAGAGAUCCAGUUCUAAUCAAGGUAUUAGACAGAUUAGUGCUGUAUUUGCGGAUUGUUCAUUCCGUCGAUUAUUACAAUCACUGUGAGUAUCCAAACGAGGACGAGAUGCCAAAUAGAUGUGGAAUAAUGCACGUGAGAGGGUGUCCACCCACCGCCAAGGUGUCAAGCGCAGAAUUAUCGGAAUAUUGUCGCAAUUUUGAGAACAAAAUGUCUGCUUUUCUACAACCGGUGGCUACUCUAACCGACGAAGACUUCGACAAACUAGGCGCAAAAAAUGCUGAAGUUGAAGUCGAGAAAUUUGUUCAAGCUAACACCCAAGAAUUAUCGAAAGAUAAAUGGUUGUGCCCGCUUAGUGGGAAGAAAUUCAAGGGGCCCGAUUUUAUCCGCAAGCACAUCUUUAACAAGCACUCGGAGAAGGUUGCUGAAGUGAAAGCGGAAGCUGAGUACUUCAACAAUUAUUUAAAAGACCCAAAAAGACCUCAGCUUCCUGAACAUCCAGGUAAUAAGGCUCCAUUGAGAGACGGAUCACGCGACAAUUUUUCACCAUAUGGUUGCAGCUCAUUCGGAAGUUACAGUGGUGGAUUUGGCAAUAACAGAAGCAAUUAUGGCUCCGGUUAUGGUGGCGGAUUUGGAUUUAGUGCCCCACGUCCUAAUCGUGGCGGAUUCAAUCGGGGGCGUGGCGAGUUUCGACCAGUCAUACAUUAUCGAGACCUCGAUGCACCACGGGAACCGGACGAAUUUCUAUAAGAUGAUCAAAAGAUAUAUUAAGAUGGAUAUGAAAAUAUAUAGACGCCACUUGAAACAACAAUGUUGUUUUCUGUAAGCAUUAAUCACAAGUGUGUACAUUGCAUAACUGUGUACAUACAUAUAUAUAUAUAUACACAUAUGUAUCUCUCUACGAUCAUAUUAAUCAAUUCUAAAAUAAAAUUAGUUAUAGUAAGCAUAUAUGGAUAUUCGAUAUUUUCUUGAAGAAAGGUUAACACAGAAGGAAAGACACAUAUUGUGUAUAAAUUACAAUUAGUAUACAAAAGAACAAGGCUAUACCUAAUUUGUGUACAAAAGAACAAAAUUUGAGACAUUGAUCAAAUUGUGUGAAAGUAAAAAAGUCCAAAUCAAACUUGGAUGAAACAUAUAAAACUAACAUCAGAUUAUAUACGACUUAAUUCGUUAUUCAUGCAAUGAAUUUUUCAGAGUUUUUCACACAUUCGUAACUCAUUAUUUAUUCCUAUACGACUGUCUCGAAAAAAAAAUUAAGAAACAUAAAUUAGUUAAUUCAAGCCUAUAUUCAAUAAAUGAUUAACCAUAGAAUGGGGUAAUGAGUUUAUUCUACUGAACGAUUAAUUUCCGUUUAUCUAUUGUGAAUUAUAAGUUGCGCAUAGUCUGACGCUAUCUUAAUAAGAUGCAUUAUGUAUUACUGAAUUUCAAUGUUUUCAAAUCACGUAGAUUUUAGAUAACAAAAUAAAUAUUAUAUUAAAACAUUUAUGUACGAUAACAAUAUAUUCCUAAAAUCGAUAGUUUUGCUUUCCUUUUGCGAACAGAAGCGUAAAAUUGAUUUAUAUAGUUUUAAUAUUUAUAAUGUAUGUAAACUUGUCUUAUACUUAAUAGUAACACAAUAAAAGAGUCACAAUAAUUCA